CCAAGCUUUAUCGUACGUUGGUAAUGAGCGUGAAUUAUGGGGUAGCACUUUCUAAAACGCUGGCAUAUGGAAAUGGGUCCCAUUCUUACUCAUUUCCGUUGAACAUGUUAGACAUUUUCAAUCAUUAUUGGCAGGCGCCGGGCGGACAAGCAUUUAUGUGUAACAUCACAAAACAAAGCCCAAAAAAUCAAAAUUAAAAAUUGGAUUGGAUUUAGAUAGAGAGAGAAGAGAGAGAGACAGAGCAUAAGAAGUUUGCGGUAGAAUUUGCUGAAUUUACGGUACAUUUGCUUGUACAUGACUUAGAGGCAUUUCCAGCCUCUGGACUGCUCUUUUAGGCAUAAUCCGAGCAGGCUGGUUAUACAUUUUUGAGGAUACCCUUUUGAGUUUUGACCCUUUCUUUCCCUUCUAUUGACCAAAAACUGAGUUUUCUCAAUCGGUUUUUGAAGGGAAAGAAAGUGUAGUUUUGAAGGCCAAUCGUUUGUCUUUGGGGUGUACAAGUUUAACAACGCAAAAAUGGGCUCUAUUGAGGGCGUUCUUUCAAGGCAAGUUUUGCCUGCUUGUGGGAGUCUUUGUUUCUUCUGCCCGGCUAUGCGGGCAAGGUCUAGACAGCCUGUAAAGAGGUACAAGAAGCUCAUUGCAGAUAUUUUUCCUCGAAACCAGGAAGAAGGACCAAAUGAUAGGAGGAUUGGAAAGUUGUGCGAAUAUGCUGCUAAAAAUCCUUUGCGCAUCCCAAAGAUCGCAAAUACCCUUGAACAAAGGUGUUACAAGGAAAUGAGAAAUGAGAACUUUCAAUCUGCAAAAAUUGUCAUGCACAUUUACAGGAAAUUGUUGAUAUCUUGCAAGGAACAAAUGCCUCUGUUGGCUAGUAGCUUACUCAGUAUCAUGCAUGCCCUGCUUGAACAAUCACGGCAAGAUGAUAUGAGAAUUAUAGGAUCUCAAACUCUUUUUGACUUCGUAAAUAGUCAGGGAGAUGGGACAUACAUGUUUAACCUAGAAGGCUUUAUUCCUCUACUCUGCCAAUUAGCUCAAGAGGUGGGAGAAGAUGAACGUGCUCAUAGUCUACGGUCAGCUGGACUCCAAGCUCUUUCUUCAAUGGUUUGGUAUAUGGGUCAAAACUCACAUAUCUCAGUGGAGUUUGAUAAUAUUGUUUCAGUAGUGUUAGAAAAUUAUGAAGGUCCUAAGGUGAAAACGGUGGAUCCAGAAGAUUCCCAGAAUCGGUGGGUGCAUGAAGUGAGAAAGAAUGAAGGACUCGUUUCUUCUUCACCAAGUACCACAACAAGAGUAUCUUCUUGGAGGGUGAUUGUUAGUGACAAAGGCGAAGUGAAUGUGACAACUGAAGAUGCCAAGAAUCCCUGCUUUUGGGCAAGGGUUUGCCUGCAUAACAUGGCCAAGCUAGCCAAGGAAGCUACAACUAUAAGGCGUGUUUUGGAGUCUUUGUUUCGAUACUUUGAUAAUGGAAAUUUAUGGUCUGCUGAGAAUGGCCUUGCCUUGCCAGUUCUCAACGACAUGCAAUUUUUAAUGGAUUUUUCUGGUCAAAAUACUCAUGUUUUACUAUCUAUCUUAAUCAAGCAUUUAGAUCAUAAAAAUGUUCUUAAGCAUCCUGGCAUGCAACUGGAUAUUGUUGGCGUUACAACUUCUCUUGCUCAACAAGCAAAGGUUGAGCCUUCUGUAGAAAUAAUUGGUGCAGUAAGUGAUGUCAUGAGACACUUACGAAAGAGCAUACACUGCUCCCUUGAUGAUGCAAAUCUUGGGGAGGAUGUGAUAAAGUGGAAUAAAAGUUUUAAAGAAGCUGUGGAUAAGUGCCUAGUACAGUUGUCACACAAGGUUGGAGAUGCAGGCCAUAUUCUUGAAAUUAUGGCUGUCAUGCUUGAAAAUAUCUCUACUAUUACUGUUAUAGCUCGAACUACUAUUUCUGCAGUUUACCGUACUGCUCAAAUUGUUGCGUCCUUACCAAGUCUAUCCUAUCAGAACAAGGCUUUCCCAGAAACUUUGUUUCAUCAGCUACUCCCAGCUAUGGUCCACCCGGACCAUGAAACUAGAGUUGGUGCCCACCGCAUUUUUUCUGUUGUUCUUGUGCCAUCUUCAGUUUUCCCUCGUUCGUUGCCAUUGAUUUCUGAUUCAAAGAAGGCCUCUGAUUUCCCUAGGACGCUUUCGAGAACAGUCUCCGUUUUUUCAUCUUCAGCUGCUCUUUUUGAGAAGCUAAGGAAGGAGAAAUUUUUGUCACAGGACAAUGUAUUCCAAGGCAACCAGGAAAACUUUGUUAAUGUAGAGGAAACAAAUGAUAUCAGUUCUGGGGUACUUGAUAGAUUGAAGUCAUCUUACAUUAGGUCAUACAGUAUGAGAAAUUCACCCGAGCGUUCAGUGACUGAAGAAAAUAAUACAAAUAGCUCAACUAAAGAAUCAGAGGCUAAUGCUCUGAGGCUGAGCAGCCAUCAAAUAAGUCUCUUGCUAUCGUCAAUCUGGGUACAGUCCAUCUCCCCUGCAAACACCCCUGAGAAUUAUGAAGCAAUUGCUCACACUUAUAGCCUUGUAUUGCUGUUUUCUCGAGCCAAGAAUUCCAGUCAUGAGGUUCUAGUGCGUAGUUUUCAGCUAGCGGUUUCCUUGCGGAACAUUUCUCUUAGUGACGGCAGUGAGCUUCCAAAAUUCUACAACAUUAUUGUCAUUGGGAGAUUGCCACCAUCACGUCGUAGGUCUCUCUUUGUCUUGGCAACAUCAAUGAUUCUCUUUGCAUUGAAAGCAUUUAAUAUUCUUUCUCUUGUUCAUGUUGUCAAGUCAGCAAUUACAGAUAAAGUGGUUGAUCCAUUCUUAUGUUUAGUUGAAGAACACAAGUUACGAGCUGUUAAGCCUGGAUCUAUGGCGCAUGCUUAUGGAUCCAAAGAAGAUGAUUGUUUGGCCUUGAAGUCUCUUUCAGAGAUAAAAAUCACUGAAGAGCAAACUAGAGAAUUCUUUGCUCCUGAAAUAGUGAAGAGCUUACAAGAUUUGUCAGAGUCUGAGUCUUCGGCUAUAAGAGAACAGAUUCUCGCCGACUUCAUACCCGACGAUUUCUGUCCACCAGGAGCGCAAUUGUUCAUGGAUACUCCAAAAGGAAUGUAUCAGACUGAUUCAAGAAGUAGUGUAUCUAAGGAGGUUGCCCCACUUUUUUCAAUAGAUGAUGAUGCAUUUGCAGAAUCAUUUGAUAGUCAUAGAAAAAUACCAGAAUUUUCCAUGGAAAUUCCCAAUCAUUUGAGUGUAAACCAACUUCUGGAAUCAGUUUCAGAAACUACACAUCAAGUUGGAAGGAUAUCUGUUUCAACAACACCCGACGUGUCUUACAGGGAAAUGGCCCGACAUUGCGAAGCACUGCUUAUGGGAAAGCAGCAAAAGAUGUCUGGUCUAAUAAGUGACCAACAAAGACAGGAAUGUUUGAUGCACAUCUCUUUACAAAGUCAAACCAAUGAAGUGACAACGAUUGUCUCAUAUGUCAAUGCCAAUUCCCUUGGGGCUCAAAAUCCUUUUGUUGAUGGGAACUCAUUCGACGAUGGAUGCAAAACUCCCAUUGCAGCCGCGCCUAUGCAGUGUGCUACUGAAUACCAGCACCAUCCCCACUUCUUUAGACUGCCGGCGUCAAGUCCAUUUGACAAUUUCCUAAAGGCUGCUGGCUGUUAAAUCCAAAGAAUGAUAAACUCUAGCACAGACUUGACAGAUAUAUCGUAUAAAGUGUUCAUUUUACUUAUAGCUUACCUUCUUAGCUCAGCAGUAAGAUGUUACAAUCAAAGAUCAGCUAAGAUUAUAUUGACUUCUGUUUUUCCAGCCACAAUUCUUUAUUUAGUUCUUCACCCUUUUCUAUAUGUGACAUACAAUUGGGAAUGUGUAGGGGAGCUACAUUCCAACAUGUUCAGCCAUUGUAAGGUUCUGUAGUACUAAAGGAGCUUCCAUAUUUUUUAUUUAUUUAUUUUAUUAUGUUAUAUAUCAUAUGAUGAA